GGUGCCCGUUUUUGUUUUUUCCCGCCCGCUUCAUUAUUGAUGGCAUCGGAACGGUAAUGCGGAAGCAUGUGUGAACGUUUCAUUACAAAAGGUGGACGCGGCUCGUGUUAAUACUGCAGGCCGCCCGCACCGGACCGGACGGGUCGCGGCUCAAAUUAAAAAUUAUAAAAAAGACUUUAAAAUUUAAACGGUCCUCAAAAUUUUAUUUGGACUUUUGAAUCUGGAAUAGAUUUUUUUUCUCUGGAUUUUCGGUCGAGCGGCGCGCGAUAAAGUUGAACUAUUUUGACGCGUGUAAAGUUUUGCUGAAGUUCGGCUCACGUGCGUGUGGCUCGCGUGACCAACACUUCAACUUGUGACGUUCCCGCUCCAUUCAAGUUAUUUGAAAUUCGAAUCGCUCUAUUUUCGUGUUAUUUUUAAUUUGUUUAGUAAACAACGUUACGGCCGGGUCGUGUUUAUUUGUCGCUGGUUCACCGGACAUUGACUGAUAUCUGUGAUUUUGUUGAUAGUUUUGUUGUUUGCAUAUUUUGUUACUUUUUAAUUGUUAUAUUCUUGAACGGGUGAGCUGACAGCCGGAAAGGUCAAAUAAAAGAAGAUCGCUCUACGGAUAACUCAACAUAACAAGAUUCAAACACACAUGAUUCCGUAGCCUGUAAUCGAGAAAAAACAAAAUUCAAAAUGGUGGACACGCAGCAUUUCUGUCUCCGCUGGAAUAACUACCAGAGCAGCAUAACGAGCGCGUUCGAGAACCUUCGAGAUGACGAGGACUUCGUGGACGUGACGCUGGCCUGCGACGGGAAGAGCCUGAAGGCUCACCGAGUGGUCCUGUCAGCUUGCAGCCCCUACUUCAGAGAGCUGUUGAAGUCAACACCCUGCAAGCACCCAGUGAUCGUACUCCAAGACGUGGCGUUCACGGACCUGCACGCGCUGGUCGAGUUCAUCUACCACGGCGAGGUCAACGUGCACCAGCGGAGCCUCUCCUCCUUCCUGAAGACGGCUGAGGUGCUCCGCGUGUCGGGGCUGACGCAGCAUGAUGAUGCUCAGGGGCCCCUGGUGCAGAGCCUGGCCCGAGCCGCCGCCGCCGCGCAGGCCGCCGCCUCCCCGCACACCCCGGCACACCCCGCGCACACCCCGCACCCCCCGCACACGCCCUCCUACACCGAGAAGCUGGAGGAAGCGCUGUCCCAGCCACCCCCCCUGCCCAUGAUGCGCCGCGCGCCGCUGCCCCCCCGCCGCAUCUCGCGAUCGGCCGACAACUCGCCUGACGUCAUCAAACGCGCUCGCCACGACAACAACAACACAGAACAAUCGCAAGUCCACGACUUCUCCACCAAGAACCACAAUCUGAUCAACAACACGAGGGCUCACGCUGACUCCGGGAACGGGAACGGGAUCUCCAACAGCUCUGGGUCUCCGUCGCCGUCCAGGCUGAUGAAUGAGGUGAAGGACGAGCCCCUGGACAUGAUCUGCGGGUCCAACGCCGACAUCGACCGCAGCAUCGACGACACCCCGCCGCAUCACCACAGGACGCAUGGAGGCGGGCCGCCGUCGCGAGGCAGCUCCGCGGACGCCGAGGACCGCACGCCGCCGCCGCAGCUGCCGCCGUCGCCGUUCCUCCAGCCUGGUGACACCAAGCUCUUCGCCGCCAACCAGUACCCGUUCCCGCUCGGACUCUCUGAUCAUCAUUCCAUGAGUGUCCUUUUUCCAGGCCUGCCUAGCCCGAUCUCCACCGACAUGGCCGGCACAUCUCAAGCGGCGCCGGCGCUGCGCAUGCCUCCGCCCACGGCCGGGGGCAUCAACGAGCCGCAGGAGUGCCCCUACUGCCGCCGCACCUUCUCUUGUUACUACUCGCUGAAGCGCCACUUCCAAGACAAGCACGAGCAGUCGGACACCCUGUACGUGUGCGAGUUCUGCCACCGCCGGUACCGGACCAAGAACUCGCUCACCACGCACAAGAGUCUCCAACACCGCGGCUCCAGCGGCAUGCUCAAGCGGCUGCUCAAGACCUCGGCCCUGCAGAGCGCGCUGGCGCCCGCCCCGCACCACCUGUUCGACCUCGGCGCCCCCGACCACCCCCAGCUGCCGCCCGGCCUGCAAUGACCACAAACUAUGGCGUAAAACGGUCGCUACACCCACACACAACCUCCUUCGAGCGCGAAUUCAAAAGUAGAUUCGCGUUCGAAUCGUUGGAAACGGACAUGGAAUCGCUCGCAAUAGCAUCUCUAUGUGUGCAAUAUUAAAUGGACAAUGCCAAAAUAAUGCCAGGUUUAAGGCGCAUUUUAAUCGUAUUAUAAUUAGUGAAAUACUGAGGUUAGAUUUAAAUUACAAUAACAGUAUUGCCGCCCCGCGGUUUAGACUUCGUGUUUAGGGAAAGAUCCGUGUAGUCCAGGCGGCCCCCAGGGGGCGUCGCACCGUGUUCAUGAAUGACAAUGUAAUCCAGAGCAAUACUAAAGUAUUAAUAUUUCUAGUACUGCCAAAUUAUGCCAACCGUAAUUCUAAUGAAAUACAAUUUUUAAAUCACUUUUUCGAUUAUAUGUCUAUUAGUGUCAAAUUAGACUCGGAAACUGUACAAAGAGAAACGUACAAAUUUUUGAAAACAAAUGCAAAAAAAAUAUUUUUUAAGAAAACUUUUUUCGGAACGCCAAAUCUAAAUUUUUAACCAGAUUAUUUAGUAAAUAAAUAAAGAGUAAAUUAAAAUUAGGUAAAAGUAAAAUAUUGAUGUUGAAUUAAAGUAAAGACUUCUUAGAAUCUGAUUUCGAAAGUACAAAAUUAAUGUGUAAUGAGCAUCAUUGUAUUCUAUAGUGCGUUUGGCUUCAAUAAUAUUAAUAUCAUCACUUUAUAAGUAGACCGUGCCUUCGUUCGUCCUCAUGUCAUUAAAAAAAUACGGAUCGAGUUUGUUGGAAAUAGUUGCGAAAUGUUGGGAAAAGAAUCGGUCGACGAACGAAUCUGGCGGGAAAGUUCCACAAGUAUGGCGCGCGCUCAGUGUUGCCCGGCGAGUGCGGACCUCCUUUAAUACAGGGAACGAGUGAAUAAGAAUAAAGAGAAUAUAAGCGUUGCGUUGGUUUGCCGACACGUGGGUCUUCGAAAAGCGGUUCGACGAUCGUAUACGUCACCAUGAUUUCAAAUCAUGAAAUAAAAAGUCGUUUAUAUGCUGUAUAAAUUAAAAUCGUAGUGUUUAGGUAUUAAUAGACUAUGUUAAUCUGUAUCCAUUUUCGGAUUUCUCUCUAUGAGUGUAUAGUGGUUCUUAUUUAAAUGUCGACCAACCUAGCGGACAUCUCGUUAUUAAAAUAUUAGAUCAUUAUUAUUAUUAUAUUAUUAUUCUCAAAAAUUCUUAGUAUAAACCAUAAGAUGGCUGCAGAUUGUAAAAAUAUUUUAUUUACUUAUUUAAUGAUAUCGUAGGAAAUGCUUAUAAGUCAUAAUUAUUCUUUUGGGAAAUAAUUAAUACAUAUCUGCUCAGGGUGUGUACAUCAAAUAUUCACAUAAAAUGAACAAUAUUGAUUAAAUAUAUAGUUAUACAGUGAAAAAUCUCCGCUCAACAUAUCACAAACAAAUAUCUCUUUAAUAUACGAUAAAAAUAAAAUAUCAAUAAAGUAUUCUCUAAUCCCGUGAUAUUUCACAAGACCAAAGAAAAAAGGGGAAAUAUUGUCGAUUGCAUUUAUUUCAAAGAAAAAAUAUUUUAUAAUGGAAAGAAAUACAAGUUUAUACCGUGCCAUAUCUUUUGCCACAAAAAUCAGAAUUCUGUCUUAUCGGACAACAUAUCACUCACUAAAAGUGAAUAUAAUAAAACACCCGCAAAAAACAAAACAAUUUUAAUUAACUAUAUUACUUACUGGUCUUUCAAUGCAAUUAAGUCAAUGCAUAUUCUUAACAGAUCUACAGGUUGUGAAGCAUGGUACUUAUUGUUUUAUUAACCGUCAUUUCCGAGAUUAUAAAUAAGCAUUUUACUUGUAACACAAAAAAAAAACAAAAAUAUAUUUAACUCUUACGAAUUUAAACAUCUAAUCAAUCUGAAUUUCAGUUUCUAUGAUAUUAUUUUAUACUGUAUUGAAUCCUGUUCCAUUCUUCACGACCUUGUAUCAACUGCAACUUAACAUUUUUAAGUUAAAAUCAUCUAUUAUUGCAUUUAUUUUCCAAUACCUAAAUACAAAAAUUAUGGGUUAAGGAAUAAUUAAGUUUUUAGAUUCUUUUCGGAAUGUUACAUAAUCGUGCUAUGUGAUAUCGUAUAUUUUAUUAUAUUUUACUGGUAUAUUCUGGUUAGUCUUUACAUUUAAGUUCUGAUAAUGCAUUUUAACCUCAAUUUAGAUUAUUUAAUGCGACGAAAGUAACCAAUUUUUCAGUAGGGUAUCCCCGAUUUUUCAACGCAAAUACCUCCGUUUCCUUAUAAUACCUCAAGUUAUGUUUGUUUUUAUUUUUAUCGCAAUGUUAAACUUACUGGGUUUAGAGAGGAUACAGGUUUAAAUUUCGUUAAAAUACAUUGAAUUAAAUAUACUGCCACAGUGAAUUAAACAAAAAAUUAGCUUGAGCUUAGAUGAGAAAAUGGAAGCAAGCGGGUAGUUGGAAUUGUAAAUAUUUUAUAAGUUUAGUAAUUACUUACAUAAUUGGAGAAAUCGUGGCACCGUUUGGGAAGAAGCCUCGUGAUAUUAUUAACUAAAUAGUAAAUAGAUAAAAUCAUUAAUGGAAAGGAUUUUUAUAUAUUCUACUAAAUUAGUGAAACUUAGGUUUAGUGUUUCCGUAAUGUUUAGUUACUUACUUACUAUAUGUUUAAUUGUUUUCGCUGUGCAUUUUUUCAUAUCGGUUUGACUGUUUAUACGCUUGUUGGCUGCUUGUUUAUAUAAAAAAGUUUCGUUUGACUUUACGUCGAAAUUUUCGUAUUUGUUAUAUAUUUUGCAAUGCCAUUAGGGUCGUGUUAAACUAGGGUUUAUUCUCCUAGAGGGUUUCGGCGCUAGGGUGUACCGACUCGAAGUCAAAAUUAUUGUGAUCUCAGUUUAGAAGCUGCGUAAUACAUCAGAGUGGACACAGCCGUUUAGUGAUCGUUGUUAGCUCUUAUUAUAUGUGAAAUUUGCGUUAAGUUUGAAUUCGGUGUCGGCAAAAAAGAGAGAUGCAGCUACAAAAUUCAAAAAGGCAAAAAAUAUAAGGCAGUCAUUGAACCCGUUGAGAAACAGCGAAACAUGAUAGAACUUUGUAUUUCUUAUUUUGCAAUGUAUACCAAAUUAAUGCAUUUUUAUUUGUAAGAUAUUUAAAGUGAGAGCCUGUUUUAUGUUAAAUAUUAAUGCGUACUGGAUUUGCAAUUUCAUUUUUCACUUCUUCAGAGUAACUUUGUUAAGUUUACUGAUACAAAUCUUAAACUGAAAGCGUCAUUCACUUUUAUGAGUUAAUACAGUAAACCUCAAUAUACUUAAAACACUUAGUAAAAGCUUUAUUGUACUAAACGCAUAAAAGUGCGAUGAACUACAAUAAACAGACUGUGUUACUAAAUUAGGGUAAUGCACAAAGUAAUAAAUCGGAAUGCCUUCAAACAGUACAACUAUAACAAUAGCAUACAAUAAGUGAUACAUAAUGUAAGAUGUAUGAGUAUACUUAAAAUGGCGUUAUAAGCUAAAAAUCGGUUAAGGACAAACGUGUAUUACAAAAUCACAGUAAUGCCGUUUUAUCGUAUUUUUCGAAGGGAUACUCCUACUAAUUAUUUAUUAAGUUUCAAAGUGUGUGCAUCUAUUUAUUUAAGUGUGUCACGUUAUUGUCUUUACAACAAUAAAAUUUAGUAGAAUUAUCCCUUGGAUCAGAAGAUAAAUUUUAAAUAAUGCUAAAGUAACAUUGCUUUUGUAAAAAAAUCUUAUUCGUUACGAAUUAUUCACGUGACGUAUUCAUAACGAUGAAAGAAUAAUUUAUUUUCCCAUAUAAACCACCUGACUCUACCAGUUCACAAAUUAAUUCACAAACAUUAUAAUAUUCUGCGAUAAGGAAUAUAACUUUAUUGCUUUUUUCAAUAAGUAUUACCUCGACUUAUAUUAUACAGUAAUUUUUGAUCGUUUAUUACAUUUUACAACGGUUAUAGCAGAAACAAGUCCCAGCAUUCGUGAUUUGUGUAUAUAACUUCCUACCUAUAUUGUAAAUGCCAAACUACGUUAUAGCUGUUAUUAUAUUUACCAUACAUACAUUUUAUUUUGUUGAUCCCUACCAUAUUUAAAAUGCAAUAGUUUUUUAAUCGUCUGUGUUUUAUGUUACGAUCUUUUAUAAAACAAUAUGAAACUGAUUUAUUUCAUAUUUUGGGGUCUCAUAUUGUUUUGUAAAAGAAUUAUCAAGUUAAUAUGGACGACACCAGUACCUACAAUAGUUAAAAUAUUAAUAUAAAAUUGCUCGACCGGAGAAGCGAACCAAGCAAGGGUAUAUCAUCUCGUUCACUUUGUAUAUAAAUCACUGGUUUUACAGAGCUGGGAUGACGUAUUCUUACAUUUAAUAGCUUUAAUAUUAAACAGUAUCUUCCACAUUAUUUAAUUAUAGUAUUCCAUAAUAGCAAUAGUUCUCAUUCUGCCAACAUAGUACCUCAUACAAUAAAUAGUUAUAUAUAUACCUAUUUUAUCAAACUUAUGUCAGCAGGAUCGCGCGGUGACAAUUUUUCUGUUUUGAAUUUUUAUUUGCAAACUUCUUAACUGUAUUAUAUUUUAUAGAUACUUUUAUACUAAUAAUUAAUAUUUUUUGUGAUUCGCGAUCAGCUGCCAAGGUUUACAGUAUAUAGUUGCAUAAUCAUAGUUCCGUAACUCAAAGUGCACUUACAAUUUUUAUAACAAUAAUGCUGUUGAUAAGUAUUAUAUUCUAAGUAGUUACAAUAGAUCGCUUCCUCCGUUGUCGAGCAAAUUCGUUAACCCGUAAUUCACAGUAUAUACAAAGUAUUUACAAUAUACAAUUAUGACAUAUACUCACAGUUAACAUAGAAAUAGUAACGAUCAGAUAAAAUAGACUAAAACAAUGGUUUGAGUAAUUCAAUUGAAAUCAGUUUGUAGACCAGCCUAUACAAAUUGUUCCGGGCCAACUGUAAAUUGAUUUCAGUUUUAUUAGUAAGACUUUUCAACAAUUACUUGUUGUCCUGUAAUACAUUUUAUACAGAAGUAUUUUUAUGAAAACGAUAUAUUUCAAAGUUAAUUAAGUGGCAAUCUAAUUUAACUGCACAUUAUUUUUGCUGACACACCUAGGUUAGUUUUUCAUUUAUAUUAUUUCUUAAAUAUGCACGAUCUGCAUUUUUAUAGCAUUGGGUUUUUCUUGUAAAUUAUCGUCGUAGGUAUACGUUUCUAGUAUUUAAACUGUCUUACUAAUUUAUAUAAUUUGAAUGUACUCUUAGAAAAUAAAUAGCGGUUUUUUGAGACGAUUAAGUAUACCUACGACUAACAGUAAGCCUAUCUAAUAUUGUGUUACUAUUUGUAAAGGUUAUAGUUUUGCCAUCGUUGAUCAAAGAAAACAUACUUAUGUGUUAAAUAAAUUUAGUUAAUGAGUUUGUUAUACUUUUAAAAGUUCGGGUCGAAUGCCGUGCGUGGUAUAGUGAGGAAUGUACAGAAAGUUUCGAAAAUAGUAUUGUGUAAUAAUCAGUAAGGUUUAACGAUAAAGUUAGGUGUGAUGGCCCUGUGCAACCAGGGUCGUAAGAAGGUAAGGCUUCUCUUCAAGUUGUUGUGAGUUAGAACAUCUUUAUGGUGUCCAAGAAAUUGACCAACCAUAUUCAAGACUAUGCAGUCAAAGUUAAUACUCUCGCUGAUUUGUUUGGUAUAUUUUCCUGGACACCUUUUUCUUAAAGUCGGAGAAGACACUUAAAGUACUAAAUUAUUGUUGUAUAGUGUAGGAAAUAACCAAGUUUUGAUCGAUCACGCUUUUAUAACUAUUAAAAUCAAGCAGAGUAAUGUUAUCUUGCCGUAACAACACUCGAUCUAGAGAAUAAAUUAAAAAAAACAUAACUUUCCUUGAAUUUAAUGGUGUAAGAAGAGUGAAUUUCACUUGUUUUGAUGUUGUUGAUUAAUGUGGUUUAGGAAUCAACUCGGGAUUGGGCACUUGAACAUAUCAGUAGUCGGAACACUUAGUACUAUAAGUAUCUUUGAAUCUGACUAACUUUCAAGAUGUGAUUGGUAUGGUUUUUUAUUUGUUUUGUUUAAGCGGCAGUUUUUUCGAUUUUAUUGUAAAAAUCUGCGUUUUGAAUUCUCAUGAAAGUAUAACAGUUGGAUGUAAUAAAAGUAUAAAUAAACUCGCAGUGAUUCCAUUGA